CGCAUUUUUUCAAAAUUUUAUUAAUUGAAAUUGAAAAAGAAAAAUAUUGUGUUGAUGUACUUAUAAUUAGAGCUAUUAGACAUUUAUUUAAAGGAAUUCUAUCUAAAGGAAAAAAUCCUAAGGAUUGUGGGAAGGAAAAAUUGAAUGAAUUUGGAGACGAUUGGAAGAUCCAGCUUGAAUUUAUUGAAUGGUAUUUGGGUAUAGAUUUGGAUGAAUUUAUGGAAGCAGUUGGAAUUGGAUAUAUUAAAAAUAUUAAAAGUUGUCACAAUCACCAUUUAACUGGGAAAUAUAAGCAAAUUAAAUCAAAUAAAAUUAUUUCAAAUACCAUAAUAGAGCCAACAUUUGAACACAAAUUUAAUAAAGUUUGUGAAAAAGAAUCGGAUAAGCAAAAUAUAAGAAUUUAUAAAGAUUUUUUGGUCAGCUUUGAUAGAAAAAGAAAAAUACCAAAAUGGACAUUAGAGUUACUUGAUCCUCUAAUUAUCAAUAAAAUACAAAGAGGUGGUCGUUGUCUUAGAUGGGAUAUAGAUCCAAAAUAUAAAGUAGAAUUUCAACCAACAUUUCAUGAUUAUGAUGAUGGAAAGCGACACGAGUUGGAACAUGGACAUAAUGUUCCGGCUUAUAAUCACCCAACAAAUGUUAAACAAACAUUUUACUAUACAAAUUCGGCUCCUCAGAAUGGGCAUAUUAACGGAGGACAUUGGCGGAUUAUUGAAGAAUAUAUCUUGUAGGAGAUUUAAUUUAUUUAUUGUAGGUAUCCCGUCAGCUAUUUUAAAUAGCAAACACAUCAAAUUUAAAAAUUUAU